AUGAACCUUAGUUCUAUCAUCAAGUUGUUCCUUAUCUUGAAUGGCGUCGAGCAAUGCAUGAGGAAAUCCAAGCUCUUGAAGCAAAUUCCACUUGGACACUUGUUCCAUUACCACCUGAUAAGCACUGUUAUACAACAAGCUGGGAUCGAUUUCUCUGAUACAUUCUCUCUAGUAGCCAAACUUACCACUGUGAGAGUUCUGCUUUGUGUUCCUGCUGCUAAAAACUGGUGCCUCCUCCAAUUGGAUGCUAAUAAUGCCUUUUUGAAUGGAGAUUUGUUUGAAGAAGUUUAUAUGGAACUUCCCAAGGGAUACAGGUCAGCCAAUCCUUCAUUUGUAUGCAAAUUGAACAAAUCAUUAUAUGGCUUAAAACAAGCCUCUAGACAAUGGUUCUGUAAGUUCUCCACUACUCUUCUUAGUCAUGGAUUCCAACAAUCCAAGCAUGAUUACUCCUUUUUCACCAUUGGCUCAGGAAAUUCCUUAGUCAUUUUACUAGUAUAUGUAGAUGACAUCAUCCUGUCAGGACCCAAUCUUGCCUCUAUACAAGUUGUUCAGACCAAAUUACAGCUUUUGUUUCAAUUGAAGAUCCUUGGCCCUUUGAAAUAUUUUCUUGGCUUAGAAAUAGCCAAAUCCAACAGAGGUAUGUCACUAUCCCAGCGAAAGUAUGCUCUAUCUCUUUUGGAAGAUACAGGUUUCUUGGCCUGCAAACCUUCCAAUAUACCAAUGGAUCCCAAUCUGAAACUCAAUCUUCAUGAUGGAGACUUACUCCCUGAUCCAUCAAUAUACAAAAGAUUAAUUGGUAGAUUGCUUUAUUUGACCAUCUCACGACCUGAUAUCACCUUUGUUGUGAAUUGCUUAAGUCAGUAUAUGAAAGCCCCUAGAGUUCCUCACCUACAUGUUAUUCAUCAUCUUCUGCAGUAUAUCAAAUCUGCUCCUAGACAAGGUUUGUUUUUCCCUGCUCAGAACUCUCUCAACCUCACUACCUUUGCUGAUGUUGAUUGGGUCAGCUUUGUUGAUACCAGAAGAUACACUUUUGGAUUUUGUGUCUUUCUUGGAAACAACCUUCUUUCUUGGCGUUCUAAGAAACAACCCACUGUUUCAAAAUCAUCCACCGAAGCUGAAUAUCAUGUCUUGUCUUUUGUUACUAGUGAAAUUGUUUGGUUAAGCAAGUUACUUCUUUACUUUGAAGUUGAUGUGCCCUCUGUGAUGCUAUUUUGUGAUAAUAAAUCUGCUAUAAGUCUUGUUUCAAACCCUGCUCAUCAUGAACGAUCCAAGCACAUUGACAUUGAUCAUCAUUUCAUCUGA